UCUCCUUUGAUUUGAUCCCUACCACAGCCUCAUCUUCUUCAUUCAAACAACUUAACCGAUAUAACUUUGCUCUGUAUGCUGCACACAACUUUUCAGGAUGUACAUCAGUAGUAUCAUACACGACUUUCAUAAUGGUGGACGUAGCGCGGAACCUGGGGAUAAUAGCAUGAAAACAAGGUCACAAAGGCCUCAAAGCGUCACGUUUGUUUAUUGCAGUAUGGCAUCCUCUUCGAGUGGUUUACACGGUAACUCUUCAAAUGCGACAUUGCUCACAGAAGAUGACAUUCCAGGUGCUUCUCUCCUCGGUCAAAAGCCUGAAGAGCUAAAAACCGCAGAACUUCAACUGUGGCUUAAGUGCCGUGGUGAUUCGUGUAAAGGUCUGAAAACAAAAGCAGAGCUUGUGAAACGAGUGCAUGAGUACAUCCGAAUGGGUAAAGACAAAGAUGUUGUUGACCCGGAUCCAGAUAAGAUUUACAGUCGCAGAAAAGAACGAUCGAGUACCACUACCAAUAUUUCGAGCGAGGAUGGUGUUUCAGUGCAAUUUCCCGUCGACGGUUGGAGUACUUCGCUGGAAAAGAUGCCCAUGUUUACAAGACUCGAAAUGAACCGCCACAUCAUGAAGUCUGGAAAAUCCAUC